AAUAUUAAUUCAAAUAUUAUUAAAUCAAUCACUACAAAGAUUGUCACAUACCACAUGACACAUCUGUACUUAAAGGUAGAUAAGUGAAUUUCACCACUUUUCUUACUAAUUCAAAUAACAUGUGAAAUAUGUAGCACAUAAUAAAAACAAAAUGUGUUAUUUUAGCAAUGUUAUCAGCACACGUAUUAGGUGCCUGAGAAAACCUGUCCGAAAAAACUGCAUUCUGUGGCAGAAUCUUGUUUUGUGUUUAUGUUAACACCUUGUCAGUCUAUCUAGGUUUCUGCAUGCAAGCACUCCCACUGUGAGAUAAUAGUAACCUGUUAAUUUUUGCUAACAACUUAAAGGGAAUUAUUAAUAAUAAACAGCUUACUUAAUCACUCAAAAGUGAAGUCAUGACAACUUUACUAAUGCUAGAAAAUUAUUUGAACUACGCUGGCCACAGUGGCUCUUAGAGUGCUUCGUGUUCAUGGGCGGGGCAAGAAUGUUAGGCGUGUUCGAUUGUUCAUGUUGUUGUUGUUCACCUACUUAACCGCUAGAUGUGCUAUUUCUUCAAUCUUGACUAAUGCACCUUUAAACCACAUUUCUGACUCUACAGUACACCUCAGCUUCUGUUAUUUGCUAGUUGAAUAUACCGUUUACUGUUUCGUUUUCGACUUGUCAAGCAAACCUGAACUUUGAUAACAUUUGCUCACAGUAUAGAUUAACCGGCAAAUGUUGGCCGGUUAAGACUGAAUUUUAAUUUGUUUUGUUUUUUUAAACUCUAAAAUCAACUAUUGCUUUACUUGUUCGCUCCAGAGUGAACGAAGGUAAGGUGGAGUUUACGCUGGUCUCUAGCUAUAGGCUCAGAGGGGUUUUUUUUUUUCUUCGGAGGCGGUCCAGCCCACUGUUGACAAAAAAUGGCGAAAUAAGAAUUUGAGUCCUGUUGACAUUAUUUUCUGCAUCAAGAAGGGAAAUUCGUCCAACAUAUUUGGGGCUGGGUUAACAGCCGUGAGAGAAUUCGCCAUCCACCUUGGCCUCCUGUGGACACUGUUUGAAGAUGGAGUCUUCGCAGGGAGGUGCUGGUGACAGUUCGUCAGCCAUGAGCGCCCAGAGUUUAUAUGCUGCUCUGGGUCUCUCUGCAGAGGAUGUUGAAUCCCUGGCGCAGAUCCCCGAGAGCGAGAUCAGUGUGGAGACAUUGCCUUAUCUCAUCAUGCAGCUGAAAGCCAAGCGGGCCGAGAAGGCGGCUGCUGCCACUGACACGGACUACAGAGACAAGACGCGGACUGAAGCCAGUCAGCCUGAGGCUGAGUCCAAACGGGCCAAUCAGGAGCCGGCUUCUGAGAAAAAUAAAGACAGACGGGCGAGCCCUCCCUCCUCCAGUUCGUCGCGGCGGCCUGAGAGCCAUGCCUCCAACCCUGACCACGAGCAUCAUGGGAAGGGGGAUGGUUAUAAGAAGACAGAGCGGGUGGGAACAGGAGGAAAGAGGGACUUCAGACAUAGGAGGUCAUCCAGAGAGAGGCAGAGCGGGGAUGGUCUGGGGCUUGAUACGGAAUUUGAUGACAACCCUAGUGAUUUUCCCCAUGUCUGUACCCUCUGCAAGGUUAAAGUCAAUGGACCCAAGGCAUGGAUUGUUCACCUUCAGGGCGUCCGCCACACAGAAGCACGAAGAGAAUUUAUGCGUUUCUCGAGUCCAUAUUCAGAAGACGGCUCAUACUCGUAUCGGCGUAGCUCCCACUCCUCUCUGACCAGCAAAAGGUCCUACAGCUUGGAGAGGAGCACAGAGCCGUCUAUGUCCUCGCCUUCUGACCGCUUCUUUCCUCAUUAUAUGCCCUUCACAAGGGUGGUGGUUGCCAAAUAUCCCAUGGGCUGUGUAGCAGUGGCUGAUAUGCUAGCCCUGGGCAAGCCCUUCGGCACGAUCGUAAAGCAUCUCAUCUUCCCUUUCAAGGGCUUUUUGGAAUUUAGCUCCCAUGCUGAAGCUAAGGACAUGGUUACUCACUACCAGACCAAACCUGCCUUCAUCAAGGGCCACAGAAUCAGCCUCUGCCUGUCCCCGACCGUGGAGGUCAUUCACCCCCCCGAGGUUUACGAGCCUGGGCCGAAGAGACCUAAGCUGCCCAUCCAGUCGGUGGUGUGCUUCUCCCGGCUUCCCCCCGGAAAAGAGACGCAGGAGGAGGUGCUGGAGCUGGCCACCCUGUUUGGGGAUAUCCGUCACUCAAAGUUCACGGAAGACAAGGCUCUCAUAGAGAUGGUAGAUUGGCGUGACGCAGACAUCAUGGUAAAGUACUACCACACCAACCCCUUACGGAUUCAGGACAAGAGUAUCAAAGUAUCUCUGUCUUCACUGAGCAGCUUACGCGAGAGCAGCCCUGAGCCUUCUUCAUCCAAAAAGUCUGACUCCAGCAAGAGUCACAGUGGGGGCAGGCAGAAAAGCGAGUCAUCUUCCUCCAAGAGCACACCUCAGUGCAGCAGCAAAGACAAGGAGAAGGGCAAAAGCCUGGACAAGUGUCCCGUCCCCGAGUCAAAGCCAGAGAAGGAGAAGGGGGCCGAGGGCGAAGUGAAAGGCAAAGAAAAGAGAGUGGGACAGGAUGAGGAAGAAGAGACGGAGGAGGCGGAAAACGAGGAAGGCAUCCGACUGGAGGAUGAGCAUGGCCUGGUGGACACAGACGGCAUGGAGAGUGUUGCCGUGGGAACGGAGGAGGAACAGGAGGCGGAAGCAGGAGAGGGACAGGACUCUAAGGAGGCGGGGAAGGAAAUAGGGAGGCGAGCUCGAGCAGAAAGAGGAGAGAGCAAAGGAGAGCGAGGGUCAGAUGAGGACAUGGAGGAACAGGAUGGCCUGGAAGACAUGGAUUUCCCAGAGAAUAUGGAUGACUUCGUCACCCUGGACGAGCUGGACAACACAGCUGGAGGAGACUCCUUAGAUUCCUCUGAGCAGCAGGAAGGUAAGGUGGUUGUGGUAAGACCAAUCAGGAAAGAGUUCAGAGAAGCCCGAAAGAAAGCUGUCAGAGAAGCGCUCUACAGGAUGGCUGGCCCAUUUGGCAAAGUGGUUAACUUUGCUAUAUCCUAUUAUAGACAUGAGGCUCUGAUUGAACUGGAAACAGUGGGAAAAGCCCAUGAAAUGGUGAAUUUCUACAAAAACAGCAAGAAGUCCAAACUUUGUGGGAGGCCAGUGUCUGUCUCUAUGUGUCUGGCCUUCAACCGAAUCGAGGGUCCUAGUGGGAGGUCAUUGUUUAUCAGUAUGCUCCCUCCCUUCAAGUAUUCAGACAUGUCACUCCUCAGACUCGCCAGGCCCUUUGGGAAAAUCACUGCCUACUGCUCCAACAGGAUGUACGGCACGUGUUAUAUCCAAAUGGAUACUCAGGAUGCAGCAGAGAUGAUGAUCCAGAGGUACUUGCACAGGCCUCUCAAAUUUUACGGCUCCCUGCUAAAGAUCACCAUGUGUAGGAAAGGAGACUCCCUCAUACCCUGGACCCCGGCAGACAAGUUUGAGCAGUGGUGCGAGGUCAGGGGAAUCCGACCGGGCCGAGACAGCCACGAGAGGAGGGAGAACGGUCAGACAUCCAGGAACAGCACAGCAGAGGACCGCCAGAGCCCCAUGUCCAGCUGUGAGGGUGUGUGUGGAGAUCCUGUGUGUGCAGACUCAGAGGAAGAAAAAGAUGGUGUUCCCCUGGGCCCAUACCAGCCCAACAACCCUGUUGGCCUUGACUAUGUUGUUCGGAAGAGCGGCUUCUUCUGCAGAUUGUGCAGUGUGUUCUUCACAGACGAGAGGAGGGCCCGCACAGAGCACUGCAGCAGCCUAGAGCACUAUAGCAAGCUGAAGCGGAAGCGUGGAGAGGUGGAGGAGGACCAGAUAGAUGAAUAAAUGAAUGAAAGCUGGAUGGAUGGACGGACAGGAUGACUUUCACUGCAGUCUUUGUUUUACUGUUUAAAAAGAAAAAAAUAAAACAUUCCAGCCUCCAUGUUUCUGUCUACAUUUUGUUACAGAUGACCUGAGAAUAUGGGAGAGAAGCGAACGGGGGGAACUGUGAACUCUUUGCAAACUCAUUUGCUUUAUGUGGUGAUGUGUGAACAGGAUAGAAGUGUACAGUCAUUGUUGCUUCUUAUAAAUAAAAGGCAGUUUGG